AUGAUGAUGAAGAAUCCAAACAAAUACUCAAAGAUAGAGAAAGAAUAUCCUAAUGAGAUGGUCCAUAGGAGAGCUCAGUUUCUGAUCCACAAGAUUCUCCAACGAGCCGACACAGAGUCAUUAAGGCAACAGCAGAAGAGAACUACUACAAUCAAAAUGUCGUCGUUUAAAGUUGUGGGAAUAAAAAUGAAGAUUGGGAAGAAGCUGAGGAAGCUAAGAAAGAGUUGUGUAAUGGCAAAUAAACAUGGUGAUGAUCUUUUGCUACGUGUUGUUAAAUCUCUUAAACGUUAUUUCUUCUGUUCUUCUUCUCAAAACGUUUCUGAUGUUCCUCCUCGCUUCACUCUUCAUGUUUGA